AUGUUGGAGGGUGGUGAGACGUCAGAGACAUUGGCUCCUCCCCCUAUGCAAGAUGCGAGCCGCCUAAAGCGUCCUCGUGUCACCUCGCCGGGUAGCAAGACUCUAAUCGAACCUGAACAUGGAAGUGCACGAAGUCCAAGUUUAUCCGCCUCGUCGGCAGACGGUGGGGGAAACUCAGCAAGAACUUCUCCCUCUCACCGUUUGCCACGUUAUCCGAUUGAUGCAAUAGAGCCUCCUCGGAAAGGUCCACGCCUGGAACCAAGGCUUUCACCGCGUCCAGACGCUCUGUCGGAACAUCGGUCGACUCUUGCACCUUACCCAACCAUUGUACAGCGCCGAGCCGAAAAAUCCAUGCAAAAAGUGCCUAACCUUUAUCUUACCCCUAGCAGAGAUGGCGAAGUACCAGAAGCAGACACAAUGGGACCAUCUGUGCGCAGUGCUCCGCCUCAGCAGCAUCACUUUGGUAGUGACGCGCGACUCCCGCCGCCUUCACUCUUGUUCCGUGCGAGUCGACGCGAGAGUCUGCCAGAAAAUGAAGACGCACGUAAGCGCCAACUACCCACUGCACUGCACCAACAAGACUUGCAAGGUUAUUUUCCGACACCCGGAGGCACGCCACGCUUGCACCUUCCACCUCAGGGCGCAUUGCCCUCGCCUGCUUAUCAUACCGUUCGCAUGGAUCCCCAUACGCCGCGUGUAAAUGUAGAGCGCAUGCUUCCAGCGUACGAGUAUUCAGGUCGCGUCACGGAUGCUUCUGAUGCCGAAUUGGCAUCGGCUCCGCCUCGUUCACCUAUGGCGCAAAAGGCGCAGUUCUUAUCCCUCUUUUCUGACUUUUUCGAUUCUCUGGCCGAUAGCCGGACACUUAAGGCUACGCUAGAGCAUCAAAUACGUGCAAGCCAUACACUGCUUCAAACUCUUCAGCGUUCCAACGAAGUAUUUGAACAGGCGGUAGAGCAGCGCGUGAAACAGGAAACCAUGGCCUGGGAAACGCACUUUGCUCGGCUUGAGGACCGAAUCAAGCACCUAGAAUCUCGUCUUCCUGAUGCGUAG